AUGGCCAGACGAGCAAACGCAGCUAACAACAACAGGGCGACGGCAUCGUCGGCACCUGUCCGGACUCGGACAGGUUGCUUGACUUGUCGUCGCCGCAAGUUGAAGUGUGAUGAGGCGGCACCAGUUUGCGGACAGUGCCAGAAGUCAGGAAGAGCCUGUGAGAGGGGUGAGGGUGUCGCCUUCAGACACCAGCAAAAUGCCAGCAUGGAGCGAGACGAGUCUCUGAAAAGCUUCUACAACAGAGACGGCAAUGAACGACGCUUCAGGCAGGACACUCGCUUUGUGCCAAUUCCUCAGAACUUGACUUGGGUGACUGUUGAUCCCUCGUCAGAAGAUGCACCUACAAACUCUCCUUCGCCAAACAUUACUGCAGCAGAUCCAUACCAACAAGUCGCUGCCCACACGCUGGAAGCGUUGUCGACCGCAGCAGCAGACCAUGUCUCUUACCCACCUCAAGCAACGGCCUAUUACACGGCCAUGGCACCUCACACAACCCCUCAUCCGGAGUAUGGCUUUGUCAGACUCGAGCAUGAAGAAGGACCGUCCUCAAACCACACAAACUUCCCGAACAGCCAAAAUAACAACGCCAACAUGAUGAUCGACCCGAACCUGGAGACCACAGUUGCAGGUACUGCUGAAGAGGCUGGUAUGAUGGAAGAGGCAAGUGGCCCAAAUCAAGCAAAGCACGGAGGUGAAGGCCACCUUGGCCAAGGUGAUGGAGAUGAGAUUGGAGACUCCGAGUCCAGAGUUGCAAUGGCUCUUCAACACUUUAACGAGACAUGA